AUGAGCAAGGACAACCUGACCUGGGUGAGUGACUUCAUCCUCACGGGCCUGUCCAGGGACCCGGCGGUCCAGGCUGGCCUCUUUGUCCUCUUCGGGGCCGCCUACCUGGUGACCCUGCUGGGGAACGGGCUCAUGGUCCUGCUGACUGGGCUGGACGCCCGGCUGCACCUGCCCAUGUACUUCUUCCUGGGCCACCUGUCGGUGGUGGACAUCUGCUAUACGUCCAGUGGAGUGCCCCAGAUGCUGGUGCACUUCCUCCAGGAGCACAAGACCAUCUCCUUCGCGCGCUGCGGGGCCCAGCUCUUCUUCUCGCUGGCCCUGGGCGGCACCGAGUUCCUGCUGCUGGCCGCCAUGGCCUACGACCGCUACGUGGCCGUGUGCCAGCCCCUGCACUACGUGGCUGUGAUGCGCCCACCACUGUGUGUGGCGCUGGCGGCCGCCUGCUGGCUGGUGGGCCUGGCCAACUCCGCGGUGGAGACAGCCGUCACCAUGCGCCUGCCCACCUGUGGGCGCCGUGUGCUCAACCACGUGGCCUGCGAGACGCUGGCGCUGGUGCGCCUGGCCUGUGUGGACGUCACCUUCAACCAGGCGGUCAUCGUGGCGUCCAGCAUCGUCGUGCUGCUCGUGCCCUGCUGCCUCGUGUCCCUGUCCUACGGCCACAUCGCUGCCGCCAUCCUGCGCAUCCGCUCCAGUCAGGGCCGCCGCAAGGCCUUCAGGACCUGCGCCUCCCACCUGACCGUGGUGUCCAUGUCCUACGGGAUGGCCCUGUGCACCUACCUGCAGCCCCGCUCGACCGCCUCUGCGGAGCAGGACAAGCUGGUGGUCCUCUUCUACGCCGUGCUCACGCCCAUGCUGAACCCCCUCAUCUACAGCCUGCGUAACAAGGACAUGCAGGCCGCGCUGGGCCGGCUGCGCAGGGGGCCCCCAGGGGAGAGGACAGGGUGA